AUCGCGCGGACACCUUGUUAUCUCCUCUCUCUGUCUCUCUCUCUCUCUCUCCCUCUCUCUCCCUCUCUCUCUCUCUCUCUCCCUCUCUCUCUCUCUUCCAUUCCGUCCCGCGUAUCCCCGACUUUCUUCGCGUGCGAACGUUUAUCGGAACCGACUCUAUUAAUAACGGGGUCGGUGUCGUUGCUCCGUUCUCGCCGGCGCACUCCUCCCCUAGGAUCUCGUCGUGCUCGAGGACUCCGGGUCCUAGUCCCCCCCUCCUAAGCGAGCCGCCCGCGAGUGCACUGACUUUGUCGGAUUCAGCGACAAAGUGUCGCGACCGCGACGAGUUCGCGGAUGCGUGGGUGACCGACGCGAGGCUGGCCACCGUGUCCUCCGUUGAUUCGCGCGUCUCGAACCGCGGCGGGCCCGUUCGAACCCGUUUCGAAUCCGAGCGAGCUGUCACUUUCAGCCUGUCAGCGUACGUAUCUAAAGAUAUCGACUGGAUCGGUGGCCAAGGUCUCCUUAAAGCGUCGGCAACUUUUCCCGGGUGGUUCGCGGGACGGUUCGCCGCGCACGUUCCUGUCGGCUUAAUAUCUCACGAUCUCACCUGUUUUUCAUACGUUUAGCUUGUUCGGGAUUAACGAGCGUUCUCUCACCGUCUCUUGGCAAGCCGGGUCCGGUUUCCGUCAUCCCGCCACCCGUACGGUAAACAAUCAUUCCUCGCGCGACAAGAUAUUGCGACGAAACGCGGAGAUUUAUUCGCGGACCGAGCUAACGUGUCCGCGAGCGACCGCGAAGGUCGGGGCACCUCGAGCACCGGUUUCCCUUUGCAGAUCCUUGGCGAUCCUAGUCGACGCCUCCUCCUCGGGACGAGAAUCAAAGGUCGAGCGAACGGACAAAGAAGUCGUAUACGCGGAGCGAAAUCAACGGUGACGAUUAGCGAUCGGGCGACGAUGCGGCCGAAGGACACGCCGACGUGUUGGGUCACCUCUUGACCGUGCGCGACCCGUGGUGCCGCGAGAUGCGGGGUCCGAUUGUUAGGGGGGCGAGACCACGCGGCGGGGGUGGGAUCGAAAAUAUGAGAUAAAGGGGCGCGGUUUUCGGAAAGCGGCCGUCACUAUAAAUAGAGGCGCCUCGUGCGUGCGUGCUAUGCUUUUAAACAUAGUUUUGGCAGCGCGAAACGUCAAACCGCCUCGGAGUGGCAAAGCGCGUGGAUCGUGCCGCGAAUUUCACGGAAAACCUCUCGUGCCGGGUCUCUCUCGCGUUCCUACGAUCGCUGGAUCGUUGUCCCUCGGCCGGUGGGACGCGCGACAAGUUCGUUUGUUCGGCGCGGAUCGGCUCGUUCCGAAUACGAGACGAAGGGAGAAUGACGGGUUGAAACCGCGGAGGCCGUCGAGUCGAAGAAACCUUUCGAGAGUGACGAUCGAAAACGGAGCGGAGACACGCUCCGAAGCCGCGACCGGCCGGAAGAGAAGCCGCACAGAAGAAGUAUGAAAAGUGCGUCGGAGGAGUGCGACAAGGUUAACCAGCCGCCGAUGGAGGCGGAUCAACUGGCGGACGACGAGAACGAGCAGGAUGACCAGGAGGACGAAGAAUACGAAAGGUCUCGUAGGAGACGAAUAGGACGAGCGGCCCGAUCCUUUGGUGUGAUGUCACCGAGCAACAAAGGCACGGACGAGGCUGUUGGGGACGUGUUGCUGGAGAAGCUCGUGACCUACGCGUCGAAGCCGCACAGCGAGGCGUUCAGAAACGUUGCCGCCAAGAUCCACGCGCGCGUCAUAUGCACAGAUCGACGAGUCCGCGACCGCACGCUCGAGAAACUAUGGCGCAAGAAUUCCAGGGCGAUGGAGAUAUUCGUCGCGACGCUCAAGAACUGCAAGGAUCACGCGAUCAACUACAGCAUCGCCAGCAUACUGCACGAGUGCAUAGCGUCCCGCAUCCCCAAAGGAAAGACCAAAGGGCCGAAGAACAAGAGCACGAAGUCCAGCAGUCGAAUGGCAGUGAUGCAACUGGUCAACUUGGGCAUCACGCAAGCCCUAGUUAAGCUUCUGAUUAAUCUGCAACACGCGGAGACCGUUUCCACCGAGGUCCUCACGCAGGAAGUGGUCUGGAUACUGAGCCAGGUGGCACAGGGGGACCAGAAGUUCGCGUCGAAGAUGAAGCUGUUCAACACCGUGAAGGUGUUCCACGUUUCGCUGAAACAGCACUACAACAACAGCAGGAUCCUGAUGCCGUUGCUGUGGAUUUUAAAGAGCCUCGCCAGAAAUUCGUACACGCUUCAAGCGCUGGUGAAGGACGGGAUCGCCAGCACGUUCGAGAAGACGUUCGUCUCGGUCGGCUACAGACCCCACCUGAAACUGAGGUUGCUGUUAGAGUGCUUCAAGCAUUUCACAACGAACAAGCUGCUCUGCACGAAGUUCGUCAAGCUGGGCAUGAUGUAUCUGCUGAUGCGUAUCUUCGACAAAUGGGAGCGACACGACGGCUACAUGAGGCUGAAGAUCUGCAACUGCGCGGUGACCACGAUACAGCAUCUCUGCGUCACGAAAGAAGGCAGGAAGGCUAUCAAGUGGAACAAUGGCCUGCAAGUGUUGUACCGGUUCUGCUGCAACUGUCCCGAGGAUAAAGCCUACGACUGCCUCCUGUCGCGCAUAUGCGGGAUAAUCAAUCAGUGCCUGGAGAGGGAGCUGCCCGUGCCCGAAAUGUUUCCGGCAAGGUUCGUGUUGCCGGAGGCGAGCGUCCGGCCUAACAGCGCGGAGAGCGGCAGCGACAUCGACAGCCAGGCGAACAGCGUCGCGUCCCUGAGCCGGCUGUACAGCGACCUUGACUCCGGCGACGACGAGGAGAGCCAGAACUCGAGGUCGAACGAGAGCGGGAUGCACGCGGCCGACGAGGUGGACGAGAGCAAGUUCUUCGCCGGCGUGUUCACCGCGCAGAGGACCGAGGAGGAGCUCGGCGAGUACACGGUGUUCUUCAAGGAGCUGGGCAACCUGCCGCAGAUGUGCAAGUCGUCCACGGAGAGGCUGGAGACCGGCGAGCCUGCGGAGAACAACGUCAAGUUGAGCUCGAGGGCGAAGAGCAGCAAGACGACGAUAAGGGACGCGAUGAAGGACGCGAUGAAGGACGCGACGAGUAAAACGUUCUCGCCGGAGAACGGGACCAAGGGGAUCAGGAUGUUCGAGGACAUGCCGGCCAGCUUGACGGACCAGCAGGCGUACCGUGAGCUGGCCGGCAGAGUGAAGAGCUUGAUCGAUUUCACGGAGGUCGCUUACCCCGAUUUGGUGGGCGGCGACGCGCUCGGCAAGGAGGAACCGCUGAACCAAAAGGACCGAUGGAUCUGUCGCUCGAAGCUGCUGACUUGCGUGGAACGCGGCCUACACGGCGGCACCCUGAUGCAGGAAGUGGUCUACGACCUGGACGCGAUCGCCACCAGGAUGCCCGGCGACGACAAGAUCUCGUACAAGAAGCAGAUGGCCAGCUACGACGAGGUGAUGGUGGGACUGCGAAUCGGCCACACGAAGUCCUUGUAUUUCUUCUCCGCUUUCGAGAGCGGGAACCUGAGGAAAGCUAUUCAGGUAGGCCUGAGAGAGUUCGAUCUGAUCCUGACGCCGGACGUGAACAGCGGCUCCAGGCACCAGUGGUUUUACUUCAAGGUGGCGAACAUGGACGCGAACGUGCCGUACACGUUCAACAUCAUCAACUGCGAGAAAGCGAACUCGCAGUUCAAUUUCGGCAUGAAGCCGAUCCUGUUCAGCGUGACCGAGGCCGAGCUGGGCAGGCCGGGCUGGGUGCGAACCGGCGCCGACAUCUGUUACUACAGAAAUUAUUACCAGAGGCCGGCCAAGGGGAGGAAUUACUUCACCAUCUCGUUCUCGGUGACGUUCCAGCACGAGAAGGACAUAUGCUACCUGGCCUACCAUUUCCCCUACACGUACACCCAGCUGAUGGUCAACAUUUGGAAGUGGACCAACAAGGUCCCGCCGAACACCUAUUUCCGCGCGGAGACUCUCUGCGAGACUCUCAACGGGAACGAGAGCCCACUGUUGACCAUCACCUCGACGGACUCCAAGAGCAACCCCAUACAGAACCGUAAGGUGGUGUUCCUGACGUCGCGGGUGCAUCCGGGCGAGAGCAACGCCUCCUGGGUGAUGCACGGCACUUUGAAGGCGUUGUUGAGCAACAACGCGUACGCGUCGAGCCUGCGGGACGACUACAUCUUCAAGAUCGUGCCUAUGCUGAACAUCGAGGGGGUCGUGAACGGUUGUAAUCGAUACGGAUUAACUAACGAGGACCUGAACAGGCGGUGGAGCAACCCGAACCGGGUGCUCCAUCCGGUGAUCUACCACACGAAAGGACUGAUGGAGUACUGCACGAGGGUGCUGCAGCGACCUCCCCACGUUUUCGUCGACUACCACGGCCAUUCACGGAGGAAGAACGUGUUUCUCUUCGGUUGCUCAAGGUCGGGUUCUUGGAGCGCCGCGGACAGGGCGAAACCGGACCAGCCGGUGCAGUAUUUGAUGUUGCCGCACCUCAUGCAAAGGAUAUCCCCGGCGUUCGCAUUGCCACUGUGCUCGUUCAAGGUCGAAAGGAAUAAGGAAUCCACCGCCAGGGUAGCCAUAUGGCGGCAGUUAGGCGUCUCGAGAAGCUACACGAUGGAGACCAGUUUCUGCGGAUGCGAUCAAGGCGUGUUGGCCGGCUUGCACCUGGACACGAGACAUCUGAAAGCGGUCGGCCAGGACUUCUGCCAGGCCCUCUCGAUGAUGAACGAAUGCGGCCAGGACUGGGGCAUUGACAAGUCGCCGGAGGAAGCCUGCUGUCCGCAGAAAUGCAUUUCCGAGAACUCGAAAAAGAUUUUGAAAUGCAUUCAGGACAGACCGGCGCUGUUUCAUACCGCCGCGAUUCUUUAGCAAACGAAUACGUAGACGAUUUAAGGAUCCCAAUGGGAGAAGGCAUUCCCGAGGAAUUAGGGUGUAUGGAAGGCGACUUGUCGUCCAGCUGCGAGCUGGAGGAGUCUGA